AUGGAAUCUCGGUCCUUAACGGCUAUCAAGUAUUUAGAUGCUCAGGAGCUUUUUCGCUGGCUUCAAUGUGGGUUCUCCGCGUCGCACGAGCCGUUUCAAGUGGUAGACGUCCGAGGAAGCGACUACAUCGGGGGGCAUAUCAAAGAUGGCUGGAACUACCCUUACCGCCAACUGCGUGACGAUGUAGAAAAGUGUAACGAGCUACGUGCUCGUUUGGAUGAAAAAAGGGGCCUUGGAGUCAUCAAUUGUGUUUUCCAUUGUGCGCUAUCCCAACAGCGGGGCCCAUCGGCCGCCAUGAAGUUCCUCCGGACUUUGGAGGACGAAGAUUUGGCACAUAUCCGCAUCUAUGUGCUGCGCGGGGGCUUCAACCACUGGCAGAGUUUGUACGGGGAGAACAGCGAGGUUACAGAGUCAUACAAGGCAGAUCUUUGGAGGUGA